CAGAAUCAUGAGCGGGAUAAAUCGGAAUGUAAUUUAUUUAUUCAGUUCUUUUCGAGUAAGCUCUGUUCGACGCGCAAUCGCAUUCGCAUGUUUGAUAGCUUCGUUAACGCGUAUGCGGUGAGAGCGUUGUCUGUUGCUACGAUCAAGUUCGGACUUCAGACAGAUUUUGAGACAGGUGUCGCUGAAAAAAUAACCAGCCUUUCCCCCCGCCCCCGCUCCGCCAAUCUUUCCAAGAGGAAAGUUUGGACUUUCUAGUGUUAGCAACAUGGCGGGUGUGUUGUUCGAGGACAUUUUCAACGUGAAAGACAUCGAUCCAGAAGGCAAAAAAUUCGACAGGGUGAGCAGACUCCACUGCGAAUCCGAGUCCUUCAAGAUGGAUCUUAUUUUGGACAUCAACAGUUGGUUAUAUCCUAUGGAUUUAGGUGACAAGUUCCGUCUUGUGUUGGCGACGACAUUACGCGAGGACGGAUAUCCAGAUGGUAACGAAUGGAACCCUAUAGAGCAGGAAGGUGGUUCCAGGGCGGAUAGCUUCGAGUACGUCAUGUCCGGCAAGGUGUACCGAAUCGAAGGCGAUGAAGCUAGCAAUGAACCCAGCAGCCGAUUAUCAGCCUACGUAUCUUUUGGAGGUCUGCUCAUGAGACUACAAGGUGAUGCGAAUAAUCUGCACGGCUUCGAAAUAGAUCAGCACAUGUACCUGUUAAUGAAGAAACUUGCAUUUUAAUACCACCGAUCGCGCGGAUCGUCGAGUUGUUCUGCCAUUCGAAAGUUUCUUCAACGAAUUAUAUCAGUCUCUGAAGAAAGUUUUGCAUUUUACAUGUACAAUAAACUAAGCACACAAAGCUAUAUCAAUUAUACUUUUUACAUUAAUUUAUGAUGAAAUUUUUUUUACUUUCAAUUUCAAAAAUCUUGCUACAAACUUAUUUUAUAUUCUAAUUAAAUUAGAAUAAUGUUAUGACUAGAUAAUGUUACUGAUACUUCGAUUACUGAUCUAGGAUUAUUGAAAAACUUAAAAAAUAAAUAAAAAUAUUUUUUUA